UUUAAAUAAAGAAUAAUGUACCAGCCAGCAUUACCACAUCCAAUGAAUCUUGGAGCGAUUUUUAAAUUCGUGAUCAUAAGAAGAUGAUCGAGUCGUCAAUUCGUGGUCAUAAUAUGAUCUGACCAUGACCUGGACGAGAGAGUUGGAUGAGGCGGCUACUGUGGCCACCUCCAAGGGUCACUGGCAUACUAUACUCUUUUACCUGCUUUGUGGUUUGGCUGCCAUACCUACUUCCUUCCUCGUAUUUUCUCAGGUCUUCACGAACGCUACACCAGAACACUGGUGCGCCCCACCACCAGAGCUUGAAGUCCUAGGGCUCCCUGACCACUUUCUACGCAACCUGACGGUACCAGGAUCGCAUGGAGUGUAUGAAGAAUGUCUGACAUACGCUGUAGAUCCUAGAGCGCUGUAUGCUGCGCUUAGUGAUUAUGUUGAUGAAAGGUCAGAGUUAGUACGGGAAGGUGGUGCACUCCGGAUGGUGAAGAUACGUCAACUGGUGCCGGCUGUUGGGGAAAAUGAGAGGAAAGAACAGAUCUCAAAGGUGAAGGAAGCAAUACUGGCGGUCAGGAGUCCGGAGCCAACUCCAUGUGCACACGGUUGGAGGUUCAACACUGAACAUUAUACGAGAACCCUUGUUACUGAAUUCUCCCUGGUCUGUGAUAAGGAGUGGCUGCCGCGAACCAGCAACACUCUCUUCUGGGUGGGCUCCAUCUUCGGGAACCUGUUCUUUGGCUGGAUGUCAGAUCGCUACGGCCGAAGACCAACAAUUCUUCUGAUGAUUCUUUUGGAAGUACCACUAGCGAUUGCAGCGUCAUUCCCCACCACUUAUUGGAGCUACGCUGCGUUUAGGGUGGCUGGGGGACUCUUCUUCCCUGCUCUGUAUCAGCUGCCGUUUAUAUUGGCUUUGGAACUCAUGCCUCCCGCUAAGAGGACUUACGCUGGCAUAGUAGUGGGCAUGCUGUUUGCGACUGGUAUGUGCCUGCUCGCCUUGCUGGCGUACGCUCUGAGAGAUUGGUACCACUUGUCUCUUGCAACCAGCUUGCCUUUUAUUCUUCUCUAUGGAUACUACUGGUUGAUACCGGAAUCACCAAGAUGGUUGGUGGGUCGAGGCAGGAUAGCUGAGGCAGAGAAGGUUUUACGGGACAUUGCCAAGAAGAAUGGCAUAGAUUUGCCCAGAGGAUUCCUUCUGGAGUUGCAUAAAAAGAUCAAAGAAGAAGAUGCAGAAGCUGAAAUAACUAUGCUGAACGUAAAUGGUCAUAUAUCCGGUUACCCAGAGCCAGAGAAAGACGAAUACAUGGACAGAAGAAUAAGCAACAUGAUAUCUUUUAAGCCGGAUCUUACAAAGAUAACGGAAGUCGAGGACAACAGACAAGAGAGUCUCGAAAGGAUUCUCGCUCUAGAAGUAGCCGAAAUCGUAAAUAAGAAAUCCAGAUUGAAGAAUAAAGAAGAAGAAGAUGUAUCUAGUGAAGAAUCUCAUUUGAAUUCAGAUUUGCAACAGAAAUCUACUCAAACUGAACCUUAUUCUAGGUCACCUCCUAAUACUUUAAGAAGAAAAUCUAUACAGUUAGUUACAAGGAUAUUUAUUAAGGAAGAUGGGGAGGAUGUUAUUGAGAAUAAGAAAAUGGAUGAUCAGAAUUCUGAAGGAGACUGCAAAGCAUCUCCGCUAGAUGUAUUUAGAUACCCGAAUAUAAGGAGGAAGUUUUUACUAUUGACUUUCGAUUGGGUUGCAUUAGGUGUUGUGUAUAAUAGUUUAAGUUACAACAGUUCUAAUUUAGGUGUGAAUGACUAUUUAGCUUUCUUUAUAGGAGGUAUUGUAGAGCUUCCAUCCUACUUCAUCGCGUGGCGAUGCAUGGAACGGUUUGGCAGACGAUGGGUUCUCUGCAUCUUCACCUGUAUUGGAGGUGUAGCUUGCCUUAGCUGUGCCUUGGUUCCUGAAGAUAUGCCUUGGGUGACAGUCACUCUGGCCAUGCUAGGCAGAUUAUGUGCCGCGGCUUCGUUUGCAGUAUUCUACGUGUUCAUUGGAGAGCUGUUGCCAACUGUGGUGAGGGCUCAAGCCAUGGGAGCAGCCUCGUUCAUAUGCGGGCUUGGCUUGCUGGCUUGCCCUUAUAUUGUGCAUUUGGCGGUGUACGCUCGAUCUCUCCCCCUGAUCAUCAUGGGCGUGCUCAGCAUGAUGGGGGGAGUGACCUCUCUCUUCCUCCCGGAGACCCUCAACCAGCCUCUACCACAGACCUUGGGAGACGGAGAGAUGUUCGGGAGAAACUUCAAAAUACUUAGCUGUGUUGAGAAGGCAAAUGAGAAGUGAUCCAUUCUAUGCUGUUCCUUGAUGAAUCCGAAGAUCGUCUCCUUAUUCUACGAGUUACUCCUAUCUUGAGUCUGUUCCUGGCGAAGCCAUACCGCGAUUUGGAAAUUCGGUCACUUGGGGCACUUAGGGGAAAGAAAGCAAUUCAUCCAAGUAAACCCGCGCAAUGUGCAGGCUAACCAAUGCUACUGAUUCCUGAAGACACCAACUUAAUUUUUAAUUUAGUUAUAAAUAGCUUUAUCUCUGUCCUGCACCCGUCAUCAGUGAAGAACAGCAUUAUUUUGUGAACCAUCAGAAUACAAUAUAGUUUUGUUUACCAAAAUAGCCACCAAUUAGUCGAGAGGAUAGAAAGUAAUCUUCUUCUUCUUGACGUGUCUUAUUGUGUACUAGAGGUUGGCAAUCAGCUUAUGGACUGUAUGUCUGUCCCUGAUCAUACGAAAUAGCUCUUUAACCAUCGCCACCUUCGUUCCCUUUAUUUGUCUAACCAUGUCAUUCUCGGCUUUUCCUCGCGUCUACGAUCCAAGAUUUUGCUUGACAAUGUUACUUGAAGCAGAUGAUAUCGGUUGUUUCGGAGCACGCAUAAAAACAAUGUAGCACUAAAAUUACAAAACAUAAGCUCAGGACUACAUUCGCCAUUACCCAAUGGCGAAUCAGAACAGUCCAGUCAGAGCAUAGAAUAAGGAAUAAUACUACGUGUAGUACGGCAACUCACCGCGCCCCAACACCGUCUAAGUUAGGUUUACCUCAUCCCCUCGAACAUAGUUUAAACUUGAGUUGUAUGGUGUCAGACGUCACACACACAGAUGUGCGUAUACGAUAACGUCAAUGUGUGGUGUCUGUGUAAAACGAGGUUGUUUGUAUUUUAAGAGAAACACCGAGAACUUGUAUUCACUUAGUUUAUUUCGAAUAACUUAAGAAUUUACAAAAAUGUCAAUAGGUCACGCGGUAGCGCCGCUCGACGUUGCGGAACUGAACGCUGUAGGCUGAACCCUGCCGCCCGCGCACCGGGAAGAGACGUACACGCAGGGAAGCAAAGGGCCUUGUAGUUUAGGGUGUACUAUGGUCGCUCUUAUAGUAUGAAGUGUCUAGGUUGUAGUCAGAGGUACAUUUAUUACACGAUGAACCCAGAUCAUGAGUACCCAAGUUUCACCAAGUUUUAUAUUAGACCAAAAUGAUAGAUGGUGAGCUAUAUCGCCGUCUGCAAUGGUCGGCUUGGUGAUUGCACUUAAGAUAAAUUAACAUUUAUUGGUGCAAGUCUGGUACCUGGGAUCGAACUGGCGCUCCCCGUUUGAGAAGCAAGCCGACUACACUCUGAACCACCGCAUCUUGUUUGUUAGUUAUUGCCAUCGAAAUUUAGUUGAAAUUUGUAAAAAAAACGCUUUCUUAAUUUCACUUUUUUCGUUUAAUUUACUAACGAGAUAUAAUGUAAAUCUUUAUUAAGCAUUUACGAUUACUUUUAUUAAAUGUCAUAAAAUAUACCUUGGUACGGUCACGAGCAUUAAUAUGUAUACACUUUGGUAACAUGUCACAUUAACUUUUUUGACAAACUGAACUGUAAGUCUCACUAAAUGUCAAAUAUGUUAGUGCGACAGAGUCCUAAAGUGGGUACAUUAUAUUGCUCAUGACUGUCCAUUACGUUAAGUGACAGAGUGAUUGAAAUUACAAUAAUUAGGUAGGUACCUAUGUACAAAAAAAUUAGGUAUACUAUAAGUUGUAAAUAUUAGUAAUAAAGUACCUAUGCAAACA